GGCAAGGCGUCCCCUUCUCUCCCCCUCUGCAUCUCCCCCACCCUCCUUCUCGACCCCUCCUUGCUAGCUGUAGCAGCAAGGGCUCGGUAAUGGCGUUCAACGACGAUGAGAUGCCUUCUGCUUCCAAUACUGGGAUGACCAAGGGCCUGGUGACGAUCAAGCAAGUCAAGUACUUCAAGGACGAUGCGGCGCUGACGGCGGACACGGUGACCGCGGAGGUGGAGAUCAACGCGACAUCCUCCACCGUCGUGAGGGAGGGGCUGGACCUGGUGGCCGUGCUCGACGUGAGCGGCACCAUGGCCGAGGAGAAGCUCGAGAGCAUGAAGAAGGCGAUGGUGUUCGUGAUCAUGAAGCUCACCCCCGUGGACCGCCUCUCCAUCGUCACCUUCUCCGACGGCGCCACCAGGCUCAACCCGCUGCGCUCCAUGACCACGGCUGCCCAGAACGACCUCAAGGCCCUCGUCGACGGCCUGGAGGCCCGCGGCGCGACCAACAUCAAGGCCGGCCUCGAGAUCGGGCUGGCCGUGCUCGCCGACCGUGUCCACACCAAGGCCCGCACGGCCAACAUCUUCCUCAUGUCCGACGGGCACCAAAACGCCGGCGACGCCAGGCAGGUCAACCCCGGCCAGGUGACCAUCUACUCGUUUGGUUUCGGCCAGCACACAGACCACCAGCUGAUGAGCGACAUUGCCAAGAGAUCGGCCGGCGGGACCUUCAGCUCCGUGCCGGACGGGUCCAAGGUGAGCAUUCCCUUCUCGCAGCUGCUGGGUGGCCUCCUCACCGUGGUGGCGCAGGACGUGGAGCUCACCCUGACGCCCAAGAAGGAUGAGGGUGAUGUGGACACCAUAGUGGUGGCUCCCGGCACCGACUACAAGACCACCACUGACGACGCCACCGGCGUGGUCACCAUCACGUUCGGCACCCUCUUCGCCGGAGAAGGUCGCAGGGUCGUCAUCACCCUCACGCUUAAGGAUGUGAGCGCCACCGAAAACGAGGAGUACGACGCACCCUUAGCCGAGGCCCAGCACAGCUUCACCGCCCAGGGAAGGCCGCGGGAGGCCCAGGUCCCGCAGGACAUCCAGAUCAAGCGUACCCCGACCCCAUCUCAAGCCCCUGGCGCGAGCAGCAAGGCGCGGCAGGUGCAGGCCGAGAUCGCCAGGCGGCAGCACGCCGAGGCCAUCAGGCAGGCAAGGUUGCUGGCGGACGAAGGCGGGCUCGAAGAGGCGCGGUACAAGCUGGUUGACGCGCAGAACGCGCUGGAGGACAUCGUGCUGGACAGCCUGGCCGACGGCCAGAAGCUGGUGGACUCGCUCCGAGCCGAGCUGAUGCAGCUGAUCAAGCUCAUGGAGACGACGGAGCUCUACGAGGCGAAGGGCCGCCCCUACGCCCUCGCCUCAGAGACCAGCCACGGCCGGCAGCGCUACUGCUCCAGGGGCUGCGACGAAGACGGCGACGUCCGCCUCUUCGCGACGCCGCGCAUGGACACCUACCGCGAGCAGGCCAAGAAUUUCGAGAAGGACCCCACGGCGCCGGUGCCCAACGCCAACGAGGACGUCAAGCAGGAGAUCCUCGCCAACCCGAUCUCCGCAGUCUCCACCGAGCUCGCCUACCAUCUCCGCAUGGCUAUCCAGGCGCUGCAGGCCAUCGAGAAGAUCGUCGCCCCGAGCACCUAGCUCUUUGCUGUGCCCGAUCGUUUCAUUUUUUCUCUCUCUUAAUUUGCUGUACUUCUGCUGUCCAAUAAAGCUGCCACGGAAUGCAUCUGCCAUUGUCUUCUUGUAAGUUGUAACGGAUUUUGCUUGGAUUGAAAGGAAUACACUACGUCAUCCUCCUUGCUUGCUUUGUUA